AUGAAGUCUUUGAAUUUCCUACUCCUAGCUGCGCUGCCAAAUAUGGUGAAUGCGGAUGGACUCGUAGCCAGACGUAGGGGCGCAGAGUUCAACAUACACGUCCGUCAUGAAGACGAUACCUCACACCAGGCCGAAAGGCUCUCUAAGAGAGCUUCUUGCGGCAAAGGUACCGGCUCUUGUCCCAAGGGACAGUGCUGCUCUGAAUCUGGUCAGUGUGGUACUACAUCUGCUUACUGCACUUCACCACAAUGUCAGAUGGCUUAUAGCAAUGGCAACUGUGAUGGCAGAAACCAAAGGGAGAAACUACAGCAAAUAUACCCAGAUCGACUUCUGGCAAAGCUCCAUACGGCAAACAAGUACAUCACCACAUGCACUACCCCUGGGAUUGUGGCACUCACUUUUGACGAUGGUCCUUACAAGUAUACCAAUCAAGUCCUGGAUGUUCUCAAGAAGCACAACAUCAAGGCAACAUUCUUCAUCACUGGUAACAAUCUAGGAAAAGGUCAGAUCGAUGACCCUUCCAAGCCCUGGCCCAAGAUCCUACGUCGCAUGCACUCUGAAGGCCACCAGCUCGCCUCUCACAGUUGGUCACAUGAGGAUCUCUCAGCUUCAUCUACUGAGAUCCGUAAACAGCAGAUCAUCUACAAUGAGAUGGCCUUCCGUAACGUCCUUGGCUUCUUCCCCAAGUACCUACGUCCCCCUUAUGGAACCUGCUCGCGAGUUUCUGGUUGUCUAGACUACGUGACCAAGCUCGGUUACCACGUCGUAAACUGGAACAUUGAUACAAAGGAUUACUUGAACGACUCGCCGAGCAAGAUUCAGACCAGCAAGAAUACUUUCUCGGACGGUGUCUCUGCUCAGUCACAGUCCAAUAGUUACAUCGAGUUGAGUCAUGAUACACAUGAGCAGACAGCUUAUAACCUGACUGAAUUCAUGAUCAAGACUCUCAAAACUAGAGGAUACCGUGCUGUUCCUGUCGGAGAGUGUCUUGGGGAUGCCCGCAAGAAUUGGUAUGUUGAUGCCAAAGGCACAAAGUCUGGUAGGUCAAUCCAAGGAAGAGGCAGUUACGAUCCUCCCCCUACUUCUCCCGCAACUACCAAAGAUGGUACUUGUGGCACUAAGAACGGCCUCAAGUGCACAGGAUCCAAAUGGGGAAACUGCUGCUCAUUCUACAACUUCUGUGGCUCGACAUCAGGCUACUGUGAUGGCGGAUGUCAGUCCAAAUACGGAGAGUGUAACAAGAUAAAGCCAGACAGUAAGCUUAUUGUCUCGGAUAACGGACUCUGCGGCGAGAAGUACCACCAGACCUGCAAGGGAUCUCGUUAUGGCAACUGCUGCUCUAAAUACGGCAACUGUGGUAAGACGAGCGAAUACUGCGGAAACGGGUGCCAGAGUGGCUUCGGGACCUGUCCAUACUCCUGA